AUGACCUGGAACUUCACUUCAAUUAAUGAGAAAAUACAACCCGGCCGCCAUUACGGUUACAACCUCCCUACGGACGCCAAGGAGGGAAUCGAUCUAAACCAUGACCAUUCCCGCUUCAUCAAAGUCCAAGAUUAUAGAGAUCACCUCCAUAGACAACUCAUGGAAAUCGAGAUAAACAGCAAAGCAUAUCUUACAGCCAGAGAUCGCCCGAUUAUCCCAAAUGUGAAGGGUGCCGAGCACGGCAUUAUCAGUGACAGAUUCUUUGAGAUGGAGAAGCUGCCGAAGAAAUGGACUAUCGUUGAAGCUGGCUAUAUCGCGACAUUCAUACGCAAAUUUAAACCCAUGAUUCAGCAGACCAUAACGGAGCGAUAUGAAGCCCAUGGGUGUGAAGAUUCACAUGCUACACAUAAGUUUGAUGAAGUGCAGCUGUUGAAAUAUAGAAUAAAGCAUGAAGUCAACAAGAUUAAGAAAUUGGAUUCAAGCAUCCCAGAUAUCAAGCAGACGCACAGCAGACAUGUUAUUGUGGACGAGUUCCAGAACACCAACACGGAAUUGACGCCUGUCGCUAUUGCUGCCAGACAGCAACUCGUAGAACGUCUUUUUGGCCCGCCUGGACUCAAAUCAUCCAGUCUAUCGUACGAGAAUAUCCCAACAGUGAUCUUCGCGCACCCUGAAAUCGGCAUAGUCGGGUUGACCAAGCUUCAGGCACGUCAACAAUUUGGCGACAACAAGAUCAAAGUGUACGAGACGCGAUUCACAGCGAUGUUCUACGACGUCUUCCCGCCGGAGAUGAAACACAAUCCAACGCAGAUGAAAAUUAUCUGCGCGAGACCAGAAGAGAAGGCUAUGCUCCAAGGAUAUGGUGUCGCAAUAAAAGUUGGCGCGACUAAGAAGGGUUUCGACAGUUGUGUUACUAUUUACCUGACGAGUGCCGAAGAAUUGGUACGACUAUGUGACGAUGCGGCGAAUAUUAUAUCAGCUGAUGUGUAG